GCCCCGACUUCCACCUCCGCUUCCCGCGCGCGCGAGACUCAAGCUGCCACAGUGGCUCUGCCGCCAGCGUCCCAGCUCCUCCCACACCCGAGUUUUUAUUUCCUGCUCCCUCUCCAGCCCGGCCCAGGCCAGCCUACCGGCGACUAGGAUGCUUUCGCUUUCGCUCUCGCUUUCCAAUACUCGGGACUGGGGAAACCGGGAGAAUAGAAGCAGGCAAGGACCGCCGUGGGCAUGGGGUGUCCCCAGCGCAGCCAAUCGGCUUCCGAAGUAGGUGAGUUGCUGCCUGAAGAGAAAAGACAAACUCCAGUAUCUUUCAUUCCAUUGGCCAGACGCGCCAUUCCCCAAGUGAGUUCUGUUCUCCAACCAAAGUGCUGGAUUCCAAGGGACUGGAAGGGAAAGUCCCUAAAAAUCACGAGUUCAGGCGUCUGAGACUUGGUGGGAACGGACCUUCCUCUUAGUGCCCAAGCCUGUUCUAAUUUUUAAAAACUGAUGUCUAUUAAGACCCAAUGUUAACUUUAUGAAAAUGGUUCCUAAGGAGAGUGACAUCUCUGUGUCCGAAUUCUGUGUGCAGCAAACAUCAUCUCAAGUGCGUUUUCCCAACUACGCUUCUUUCCAGGAUAAAAUACUCUAAGUGACAAAUGUUGAGUACAUUAUCAGGUUGCUUUGAUAUUACUGGGAGCCAACAUUUGACAUUCUUGGAGGCUCCAGCAAGACCUAAUCAACCUCCCAACCCUCAACUCAGAAUCAGUGUGUGCCCUGAAGUCCCUUCAACCUUCUUGAGGCUCUCCCUGAUCUCAAAGGUGGAGAAAGUAGAUCUUGCAUCAGGUUGAACUCCAGUUUCUUUUUGCUCAGUUUUUCAAGCGCUGAGUUUAUUUUGUCCCUAGGCAUAAAGAAAUCUUUCUAGGAACCCCUUUGGUUAUCGGACCAGAUUUUUAAAAGCUUUUUAGGCUUGGUGAAAAAUCUGCCUUAUCACUAGCAACACUACGACUUGUCUCUGUUCUUGUUUUUUGUUGUACUCGUGUAAAAGAAAAGUUCAAGGGAAGAGAACAGGCUCAAGUCUACUUCUCACGCUGGCUCUGGGGAUUAGGAAAUUCAGAAAGUUUUGUUUCAGACUGGCAGUGCUGUCUGAUAUAAACACAGCGUCAAGUACUGCACGCUGUAGCUACCUGAGGUUUAGGCCGGAAGAGGCACGGCUGAUUUAAAAGUGAAAGAAAGUAACCAGUUGGUUCGCAGACAACCUUUUCCCAAAAGGCGGGCGAUUCAAACCCCUAGCCCCACCUGCUCCGUUUCCCGCCCAGCUGGAGCUCUGGAGCCUUUGCUUCCUCAAAUACGAGCGGGACCUGCGUUGAGCGCUGGAUUCCAGGCCGAGUGCUGGCGAGGCGCGCAGUUCUCUGCUGUUUAAAAAGUAUCCCUGUGCUUUGAAGAUACUGCUAUAAUUUGAAAAUUUGAAAUUAGUGUUUCAGCUGAACCAUCCGUUCAUCUUCAAGCCAUCAUGAGCUGUAAGAAGCAGAGGUCACGGAAGCACUCAGUCAAUGAAAAAUGUAAUACGAAAAUCGAGCAGUAUUUUUCUCCGGUCUCUAAAGAGCAACAGAAUAAUUGCAGUACUUCUCUAAUGAGGAUGGAGUCUAGAGGAGGCCCAAGAGCCACAACUAAUACCCAGGCUCAAAGAUUCCAUUCACCUAAGAAAAAUCCAGAAGACCAGACCAUGCCCCAAAAUAGGACAAUAUCUGUUACCUUGAAGGUAAACCACAGGAGAAACCAAGAUAUGAAACUUAAGCUCACAGAUAGUGAGAAUAGUAGCUUAUAUAUGGCUCUCAACACUCUCCAGGCUGUCAGAAAAGAGAUAGAAACUCACCAAGGCCAAGAAAUGCUUGUGCGUGGCACAGAAGGAAUCAAAGAGUACAUAAACCUUGGAAUGCCCCUCAGUUGUUUCCCUGAAGGUGGCCAGGUGGUCAUUACAUUUUCCCAAAGUAAAAGUAAGCAGAAGGAAGAUAACCACAUAUUUGGCAGGCAGGACAAAGCAUCGACUGAAUGUGUCAAAUUUUACAUUCAUGCAAUUGGAAUUGGGAAGUAUAAAAGAAGGAUUGUUAAAUGUGGGAAGCUUCACAAAAAGGGGUGCAAACUCUGUGUUUAUGCUUUCAAAGGAGAAACCAUCAAGGAUGCGCUGUGCAAGGAUGGCAGAUUUCUUCCCUUUCUGGAGAAUGAUGAUUGGAAACUCAUUGAAAACAAUGACACCAUUUUAGAAAGCACCCAGCCAGUUGAUGAAUUAGAAGGCAAAUACUUUCAGGUUGAGGUUGAGAAAAGAAUGGUCCCCAGUGCAGCAGCUUCUCAGAAUCCUGAGUCAGAGAAAAGAAACACCUGUGUGUUGAGAGAACAAAUCGUGGCUCAGUACCCCAGUUUGAAAAGAGAAAGUGAAAAAAUCAUUGAAAACUUCAAGAAAAAAAUGAAAGUAAAAAAUGGGGAAACAUUAUUUAAAUUGCAUAGAACAACGUUUGGGAAAGUAACAAAAAAUUCUUCUUCGAUUAAAGUAGUGAAACUUCUUGUACGUCUCAGUGACUCAGUUGGGUACUUAUCCUGGGACAGUGCAACUACGGGUUGCGCCACCUGCUUUGUUUUUAAAGGAUUGUUCAUUUUAACUUGUCGGCAUGUAAUAGAUAACAUUGUGGGAGACGGAAUAGAGCCAAGUAAGUGGGCAACCAUAAUUGGUCAAUGUGUAAGGGUGACAUUUGGUUAUGAAGAGCUAAAAGACAAGGAAACAAACUACUUUUUUGUUGAACCUUGGUUUGAGAUACAUAAUGAAGAGCUUGACUAUGCUGUCCUGAAACUGAAGGAAAAUGGACAACAAGUACCUAUAGAACUAUAUAAUGGAAUUACUCCUGUGCCACUUAGCGGGUUGAUACAUAUUAUUGGCCAUCCAUAUGGAGAAAAAAAGCAGAUUGAUGCUUGUGCUGUGAUCCCUCAGGGUCAGCGAGCAAAGAAAUGUCAGGAACGUGUCCAGUCUAAAAAAGCAGAAAGUCCAGAGUAUGUCCAUAUGCAUACUCAAAGAAGUUUCCAGAAAAUAGUUCACAACCCUGAUGUGAUUACCUAUGACACUGAAUUUUUCUUUGGGGCUUCCGGCUCCCCUGUGUUUGAUUCAAAAGGUUCAUUGGUGGCCAUGCAUGCUGCUGGCUUUGCUUAUACUUACCAAAAUGAGAUUCGUAGUAUCAUUGAGUUUGGCUCUACCAUGGAAUCCAUCCUCCUUGAUAUUAAGCAAAGACAUAAACCAUGGUAUGAAGAAGUAUUUGUAAGUCAGCAGGAUGUAGAAAUGAUGAGUGAUGAGGACUUGUGAGAAUUCAGUCUACUGGAUUUAAGGGAAUGGCUUAUGGAGUUGUUAUUUCAUAGGCAUUGAAAAUGGUUUUCUAAACUCCAAAAUGGUCAUCUUAUCAAUAAUAAUAAUAUUGACCAUUUCCUAUCUGCCAGGCAUUUUUCUAAGCACAUGAAGAAAUUAGUCCUAACAACACUAUGAGAUGGACUAUAACUUGCCCAAAUUUUUUUUUUUUUUUUUUUUUUUUUUUUUUUUUUUUUUGAGACUGAGUCUCACUCUGUCGCCUGGGCUGGAGUACAGUGGUGCGAUCUCAGCUCACUGCAACUUCCACCUCCCAGGUUCAAGCGAUUCUUAUGCCUCAGUCUCCUGAGUAGCUGGGAUUACAGGCAAACGCCACCACACCCAGCUAAAUUUUUUUUUUUUUUUGUAUUUUUAGUAGAGACAGGGUUUCACCAUGUUGGUCAGGCUGGUCUCGAACUCCUGACCUCGUGAUCCACCUGCCUCGGCCUUCCAAAGUGCUGGGAUUACAAGUUUGAGCCACCGCACCUGGCUAACUUGCCCUAUUUUAAAGUCAAGCAAUGGGAAGAAUAACAAGAUUAAAUAGUAAUCAGUUUCAUGACACUAAAAGUCAUAUAGUCAUAGGGUUUUUUCAUCUUUCAUAUCUUUGCCUAAAUUCAUUUGCUACAGUGCAGGAACCAAAACUUGUUCAUCUCAUGAUUCCCUACAUCUGACAUAAGGAAAGUAAGUGCUCAGAAAAAUGUGCAGGUCAAUAAGUUGCAAAAGUUGGGGCUGCAAUUAAUGCUAACAUAAGAGCUAAAUGCUUGAUUAGAAAUGAUCUCAAAACCUUUUAGAAUUUCCAAAAUCUUCAUAUUACUGAAACUGUCGGAAUAUAUGGGUCCUGAAAUUCAGAAGAUGAUAGUCACUCUUCCCAUAUUUAUAGGCUAGUAAGGCAAGGGAUAUCUUAAACAUCAUAUUACUUUAUUUAGAUUUCUACUAUUCCAAUUAUUAAUGUUAUGUAUUUCUCAUUGUUUUACUUCUUCAUGGUAUUAUGAAGACUAUAUAGAUGAUUCAACCAAGCCUGCAAAUCUCCCUCUUGUGGAAUUCCACUGGACCCAAUCUGUUUUCCAUUGCCAUUGCAAUGCUACUAAAGCCAUACAAUAUCAAGCACCCUCCCUCUAGGUCCAGGGACUAUCACAGAAGAGGCAGGCAUGUAAGAUUUUAAGGACUGGUUUCGAGGGGUCGAGUGUAGGAAAACAGCCUGUUGCAUUGUAAGAGUGAUGUCAUCUUGAAGAGCAGCUGGCAUGAUGACUGCUCUUUGACUCCUGCGUACCAAGAUAUUCUGCAGCAAUGUCUUUAAACAGUGCCGGUAGUACAGAUAACCCCUCAUAAAGAUGCUUAUCUAACCUCCCCAGUGUUCAGGUGUUUCACAAGAAAGUCUGAGAUAUGACUAGCUACACAUGUUUUGCCAAAAAUGCUUGUUAUAUAAAGGGUACUUUUGGGAGGGUGAAUGCCGCCAUUUAGUGGCUGCUAGAAACAUUGCUUCUGUUUGUAAGUUCCUAUUAAAUGUUUCUUUCUGAGAAA